AUGCCGCGCGGACGCGCGAUCGAGCUCGCGACGCGGCUCGCGCGCGCGGGCGCGAAGACGCGCGGCGUCGCGACGAGCGCGCGCGCUCGCGCGGGCGUGGGACCGGCGAUCGAACCGACGCGCGCGCCGGUGCGGGAGAUACCCGAGGAGGCGGAGUUGACGUGGGACGCGGGAGACGCGCACCCGGAGCCGGCGCUGGACGACGUGCCGGCGCGCAUCGUGACGAAGGCGCGGGCGGCGACGUACCUGGCGAGCGCGUUCGCGUUCUUGGGCGGCGUGUACGGAUUAGCGACGAUGGUGGAUAAACCGUCGACGACGCCGUUUGCGCCGAAGACGUUUCCGUAUAACGGGCUCGAGGUGGAACUGGGGAAGAAGUGA